AUGGCCCUGGGAAAGGUGUCUCCCAACCAUCCAGAUGAUCAGCACAUCCAGGAUGGUAAUAAUCGUUUACCGCAUCCACCCUGGGAUUCGGCAUCCUGUGUUCAAGGUCCUCUUUCGUCACAAACCCCGGUUCCAAAGUCACCCUUCUCCGACUCUGCCCCACCAGGCCUAGAUUAUGUACCCUCCUCCUCUGUAGCGAAUAAUGAAGCAUCUAACCCGUGUAUUCAGGAAUCAAUAUGUCGUCCGGCUACUGGAGACAUUGCUCUAUUGUCGCAGUCUGAUGCAUUAGCUAGUCAGCUUCUGCACCAGCCCGGCCAGUUUGACACAGGCGCACAAAUAUUGGAUUCUUCUCUUGAAGAUCCCGAGAAAGAAAAUGAGGGUGUUUCUAGUCUUGAUUCGAAACUCGAAAUUUCCAUGAGGUCUUCUAUUCAGGAUCGGUUGAUGCAUACUACCAGGCAUGGCCAGCUUCGUCCAAAUAAUCCGUUUUUGAAGGCUAGACAAAAUGGCGGUGACCCUCGGAAAAGUUCCAUCUCUGGCCCGGACCCGUUUGAAUUUCCACAAUCCAGCAGUUCGGAUGGCCAUCAAGAGGGGAAUUCCAUUACACACCAACAUAUAUCGCAAGGAGAAGAUGGGAAGUUUGCACAGCUAUCUUCUCAAAUACCUUACAUGUACUGCCACUAUGAAGGUGACCUUAAAGCUGGCCCGCAAGUAAUAGAAACUGUGAGUCCGCUUCUAGAGAAAGGGAAGGAGCCAUUAGCCGACACGGCCCCAUCUAUAACCAUCCAAUCAUCCGACCCAUAUUAUCAAUUAGACAGAGCGGAUCGGAUCAUUCAAAAUUUUCAGCUGGCCAAUUUCAGUGAAUCGAGUUCUUCAAAAGAAAUCAAACCAAACGAAAGUACCAAAACGGAUAUACCUCCCAUGAACAGUUUAUUUGAUCCACAUGUUGAAAGCAAAUCAAAUGAGACUCUAUCCAAUCCGGAUGAACGGAGUUCAUCGACCUCGAAGCCCACGACUCCAGACGCUACAAUUGAUCUGCGACAACCGCCGCUAUCACAUCCAGAAAAAUCUGGACAACCUAUGCCUGUACUGCAGAAAAAGCUAUCUGAAACCUAUGAUAUUCGCCAGAUUAACUGGACGGAUGGGAUUACUAGUUCUCGUAAAUCGCCCGUUUUGAUACAGAACGAAAACGGCCCAUGCCCCCUUCUGGCCCUUGUCAAUGGACUAGUACUGCGGAGCAGCGCGGAUUCGCCGUCGCCUGUUGUAAAAGCCCUUCAGUUACGGGAGAAAAUUUCGUUAGGAUUGUUAAUGCAAGCGCUGUUCGAUGAUAUUACUUCACACAUAGAUAAAGCUGAAAAACUUCCGGAUAUCGAGGCCCUGAGUUCCUUUCUUGUCAUGCUACAUACAGGGAUGAAUGUAAAUCCACGGUUGGUUUUGCAAAACGAUAUCUCUGAUUUACCUGGGAGCUUUCUCGAGACCACUGAUACUAUACUGUAUGGUAGCUUUAAGUUACCGCUAGUUCAUGGCUGGCUCGCGGAACCAUCCUCUGCGGCAUAUGCAGCGCUAAACCGUGUCGCUCAAAGUCAUGAAGAUAUUCAGUUACUGCACUUUCGGAAAGAAGAACUGGAACACCGCGUCGUUCAUGGGCAAUGUCUCACGGCUGACGAGGAGAAGUUAAUAGAAGAUAUCGACACAAUCCAUCGAUUCGUUAACGUUGAAAAUGCUACCCAGCUGAGUAUCUUUGGUCUGGAGCAUCUCCAGAGAUGUCUGAAGCCCGGAUCUAUGUCAAUUCUCUUUCGAAAUGAUCAUUUCUCUACACUCUUCAAACAUCCACUAUCGAACCAACUUUUUACGCUUGUAACCGAUGCUGGAUACGCUGGCCACCAAGAUAUCGUGUGGGAAAGCCUAGUUGAUGUCGACGGAGACGCAGACUACGCGCUUGCUUUGGCCCUUCAGUUUCAGGACGAGGAAGAGCACCGACGUACAACUCCGCGUAACCAAGCACAAAUUCAGACUUCACGUUUUCCAUUGUCACAAUCUCAGGGAGUUACACAUCGCCCCAGCAGCAGUUCAAACUUUCGCCAACAACAAUUAAGCUCGCCCGCCAGCCGUCGUGCACCCCAACCACACGAAAUUCGAUCACUUAUCCCGCCAGCCCGGACCCCUGCGGCCAACCUCAUCUCUGACGCGCCACCGCCAACAUACGAACAGGCUGCCAGCAAUCCAGCAUAUACCCUUUCCCCGGACCAUUCGCAGUAUCACGGCUCCCGGGUCAGCAACCCCAGUAUAGUUGGACCAAGAUCCUCAAGCUCUGGAUUCAAUAAUAAUAACCUAGCACCAAACCGAGCUGGCAACACACGUGCUGACGAAUCGCCCAAUCCCGCUCUUCCCCCUCGCCCUCGUGAUAGAGAUAGAAGCAGAGAUUGCACAGUAAUGUGA